CGCGGAGGAGAAGAGGCGUGUAUGGAGAGCUGACUGCUGAGCCUGAUGCCGCCUGAUGGAUCCAGGGGGAAGUGAUCUGGAGUCAAGUCUUCCUCAGGCCGAGAAUCCCUGCCUUAUCGUAGAAGACUCCCAGCCAGAUAGCGUGGCCUUGGAGGACGACCCUGACACCAGUUACCGCGCUCUGCUCGCCCGCCGCCUCUCCAACCUCCAACCCACAUCUCACAGUCCUGUGCUGGAGCUGAUCUCUUCUCCAUCUAAAGGUCAAUGCUCUGAAAGUGACAGCCAGACUGAAAAAAGUAACAACGUCUCUCAGACUGACAAUUUUCAGGCUAACCCAAGUUCAGCAGCAGAGCAUAGUCAAGUUUUUGCCAUUUGUUCCCUUCCGAAAAUAAAAAGAAGUUACCAAGAAAACAUGAAUACUGGAGCCGAUUCCACCACUAACUGUGCACAGACAGAAGGUGGAAUUACAGAAGAGGGCAUGUCUCACUUUGGCCUUCUGGAGCUCUCCGAAAGUCAGGGAGUAUUUGAUGAGUCACAGAACAGUGAUGAUAAGGAUGUGGAAGUCACCCCUGCCAACCUGCAGACAGACAUUCAGAAACCAGCCUCCCAAAGUGGAUUUAAAAGCUCCUUCAGGGCACCAGACAGCCAAGAUGGCAGAUCUAAAAGAUCAGAGGUGAGCUCCAGCAGUCCCUCUGUGUCUCAGAAGAAGGAGGACAGAGAGCUGAGUGUCCAGGCUAUACUGCACUCUCAGGUCUCCGAGUCAAAGGAGGAUGAAGAUGAGGAAAUAAUGUCCUCCCAGGAUGAUCUAUUUGAUGGGGAGAGGAAUGGCUCUAAAGUAGACAGCACAGUAGCAGAACUUGAGACUCAACCACAGCAGCCAACGAGCACCCCUGCCCACAGCCUUCAUCUGCUGCAUCUGUCUGGCCAAGGAACCCUAGUGCAGGAGAGCCUUUCACAGCAAUCUGUUGACUUUGUAGCAGCCACCCAAGACGGCUUGAGCCAAACACCGCUCAUCAUCCCCAACUCACCCACAGCUCAGGAAAAUGAGCUAGAAACAACAAAGGACCAAAAGAAGGGACACAAUGAACCACUGGGUGUGGUUCCUGUUCUCAAGUCUGCAGUGUCACAGAACUUAUCCAGUUCUGCCUUAGAGAAAACCUUGUUGCUGCCAACACAGCCUGAAUUGUCACACGAUGUGUUUGUGCCUACACCAAGCCUGGAGUCUGGAAGCUCAAGUCAAGGUCAGGAUGCACCAAAGAAAAUGGAAAGCCCUUCCACAUCAGUUGAUGCAGAAGGAUUCAAAAAACCCUCAGACAGCCAUCCAACUGAUGUGGCUACUUCUUUCCAGUUGGAGCUGGACAGUGAAAACAGUGUGUUUGACAAGAAAACACAAGUUUUUACUGUGGAUGAGGACAGUCAAGCAACACAGAUCGAGGAAACUGAAGGAACUAUUAAAAUGGGUGAAAAAGAUUCUGUCCCUGUAUGCAACAGUGCAAAAGAUAACAAAAGUGGUGCAGAUUCUGGUCUCAUUAAAAUGGACCAUUCUCAAGAGAUAUUACAGGGGUCUAAGUUAAAACCAGAACAGGCAGAUGAUAAAUGCUCCUCUCAAAAAACACCUUCACACUCUGCAAGUGUAACCGAAACCAUUAGCAAAUCUCAAGAGACUCCAUGUAUUUCCAACACCUCCAUGUCCCAGAAGAUAUGUGUUAUAGAUCUGACGUCCAGCAGCUCGUCACAGAACGAAGAAUCAUCUGGAAGACUUUCUGGCACCACAUCCCAGUCCCAGUCAGUCAUAUUGGGUGACGAAUGCGAAGGUGUCACUAAACAAAAGCUCAGCCAACCCAUGUCUCACAGCCACAAACUUGACAGUAUUAGCAACACUACAGAAAAAGAUGGCAAAGAGGACCACAAAAUGGAUGAAGACGAAAUCCAAAGCACCAGCAAAACUGAAGGCUCUGGGCUAGGCCUCGCUCUUUCUCUGACCCAGGUUGACUCUCCAGAGCCCAUGGAGGUUGGAGAAGAGCCUGCAGACAGUGAUAAGGAGGAGAGUUUUGGUGUUAUGGUUCUGGAAGAGAGUCAGAGAGUCUCACAGGAAAAAGCACAGAGAUCACAGACAUUCAAAAGUUCCUCACAGCCUGUUAAAAGCUCCCCGAAAGAGAACUUUGAGUAUGGGAGGAAGCUGAUGGGUUCCCAACCAAGCAGCUCAGGCCAGGUGCCCAAGAAAUUUCGUCAGCAAAAUCCUGAGGCUAGUGAUGAAGCAAUCAUGGCCAACAAAAGCCUAAGUGACAGCUCUGGAGAUCUCCCCUUCAAUUUCACACUUCCAAAAGAAGGGGAUCUGAUCGGGCCUGCAGCAAGCGCAACUCCCCCUCAUGUCAGGCAGCUGAAGAACACACCACUUCACAGCACUCCAAUUGCAGAGAUUAGUCCAUUCCUUGAGCGGCCAGAUGCAAACAGUUCCAGAGAGACAACGAUUGCCAGCGAGAUCUCUGUAGAGGAGAGUGGAGAGAGAGAAGAGCCUAACACUAAAGGGACUGAUAGUAAACUCAGUCUGAGGAUGAAGGUGGUGUCCCCUGUGCAGGAUGGCAGCCUGGGGUCUGAGCAAUUCAGCCUACAAAAACCGUCCUUGCCAGACGAGGAAAGCUCUGUCUCCAAGGCUACUACCUCUGUUGCCAAGGCUGUAACCAGCCCUCAGUCUGUGUUUACUCGGGUUCGAGAGGUUCACAGGCAGCUGCAGGUAGAGGAUGAGAAGGAAUCCAGCAGCCUGUCAGUAAGACCUCCGAGCCAAACCGACCACCCGAACAGUGAGAACUCUGGGUUGUUGCCUGUUCGCCCCCUGGAGGCAGUAGAUAAUGGUACAGCAGAUCGGGCAUCACAGCAGCCCAACGGCACUGCCAGUCAUUCAGAGCGUUUGGUUGAGGGGCAGACCUCAGAACGUACUGAACAUGAGGCUCCCAGCACUUCUGGACAGGCUCUGUCUAAGUCACCAACAGGAAAGAGAGCUGUGUCCCAACAAACUAGUGUGGACUUGUCCUCAACAACCAGCCCUCUCAGCAAAAGAGCAGUCUCUCAGCAGACCAGCUUUGAUGCUUCUGGCCCACAGAUACAGCUAGGCAGGGGUGAACCAGUGACUCCAACCCGCUCACAGUCGGGUCCUUUCCACCGCAGACAUGUAAGAACCAUUCAGGAAGUGCGCACCACCAUCACUCGCAUUAUUACUGACGUGUAUUAUGAAGACGGCAAGGAGGUGGACCGCAAGGUGGUUGAGGAGUCUGAUGAGCCAGUGGUGGAUCGCUGCGUGAUGGACAGUGACGUUUCUCCUUCUCGAACAGCAAGCUCCAUGACCUCAGGAGACCUGGCGGAUAUGAGCUCUCUGUCGUCCAAGGCUGCGUCUCACUUCAGCUCAAGCGGCACCAGCAGCGGAGGUCCGGCUCCCGGCAGGAUAACUGGCUUUGUAAUGCCUCCCAGCCGUGGUGGGAAGAUCGGCAGCCCCAGGAGGGGGGGCAAACAGGCAGUGGGGUCAGAGCUGGCGAGUGGUUGGGGUCCUACGAUAAGCCCUCGAGGCCAUGGGCGCCGAGGAAGACCCCCCUCACGCAGCCCAUCGUCCAGAGGUGGAAAGUCAGGACAGAGAGGAGGUCCACAUGGCCCGACUGUAUCUUCCUCAGAGGACGAGCUCCCCAGCAACUCGAAGGCCCGCAUUUCUUCUAGCCGACUGGACACCCUAAACACGACAUCCCCUGAAAACAGUUCAGGGAGCAACAGCAGCUUUGUCGGACUGCGUGUGAUGGCCAAGUGGUCAUCUAAUUCGUUAUUCUACUCUGGAACGAUCACGCGGGACCUGGGAGAGAACCACUUCGGGCUGCUGUUUGACGAUAACCAGGAGUGUGAGGUGCAGGGAAGGGACAUCUUACUGUGUGACCCUAUUCCAAUAGAGACUGAGGUUACUGCUUUGACAGAGGAGGAGUUCUUCAACACAGGUCUAGUAAAGGGUUACAAGCGUCAAGGUACUGAGUUUCUGUACAGCGUGGAGAAGGAUGGAAAGAGUUUGUGGUACAGCAGGACCGCUGUGAUUCUUACCAUGGAGCAAGGAAACCGUUUGAGGGAACAGUACGGCCUGGGCCCCUAUGAACCCUCCACACCUCAGAGCAUGGCCUCCGAUAUCAGCCUUGAUAACCUAAUGGAAGGAAAGCGGAGGCGCAGAGGAAACGGGGCUGGACCAGGAACACCAAGCAGCAGCUCCACGAACAGCCCAAAAACCCCAGCCAAAAGAAAACUUGCGAGCUCCACAGAGGACGAGAGGACGCCAACAAAGAGAGGACGCAAAGGGGCCGGAGCUAGACCGGGGUUGAGAAUGGCUGCUUGUAACACCUCCGGAAGUGGAGCUGAACUGCCCCCAGACCCUAAUGACCUGCUGGUGACUCACGGCCCUGUCCCAGAAAGCACCUCACUCUUCAUGGGAUUUGUUUUUAUGCUGACCACUUCCUCUGAAAAUGACAAGGAGUCUAAUCAGACUAGUGACGGAGAUGAAGAGUAUGUUCAGGUAGCUCCAUAUAACAAACAGUACACCGAGACACAGUUGGAGGCUGGAGGAGGAAUGAUUUUACCUGAAUUUAAUGAAGAACAGUGUAAAGCAGCAUAUCAGAGCAUCCUGAUAGCUGAUCAGCACUGCCGAACCCAGACAUACCUGUUGUGUAUAGCAGGUGGAGUUCCAUGUGUGUCUCAGAUCUGGGUACGAGACAGCUGUCAGGAGAAAAAGCUGAUGAACUACAGGAAUUACCUGCUACCUGCUGGGCUCGGCCCAGAAAAGCGCAUCAUGGAGUGGCAUGCACGCUGCAACCCAUUCAAAGCUUUAAAGGUCCUGCUAGUUUCAGAAGACCGGAAGGACCUGUGGACUGCUUUGCUAACCAUAUGUGGAGCAGCGAAGGUCCAGCAACAUAACAGCAACAGUUCCAAUGCUCCAGAACAGAAGUUUGAUGUAGUGGUGUCAGCGUCCUCAUGUCCUGCAGAUGUGCUGAAGAGCGCGAAGGAUGCUGGUACUCCAGUGGUGUCACUGGAAUGGCUGGUCCAGUGUGUGAUCUGUGGAGAACGCCAGGCCUACGACAGCCAACCUGAGUACCAUCUCAAUUAUUCCUCUUAGAUCCUGUUCUUUUUAAUGUAUUGUACUGUUUUAGCAUUGCCUGUCUUUACUGUACAUAGUUUUAAACUGUUUUUAUUAAGUAAUAAACCACGUGUCUCAUUCUAA